AUGAACGGCUUUUAUUUUUCUUAUUUAUUUAUUUCUCACCUAUCCUUCUUUUCACUCUCUCCGUCCUCUCUUCUAUCUUUCUAUCUCUCUGUCCCUCUGUUUUCCCUCUUUACCAUUGCCUACUUAAACCAUUUUGUCCCUGCUUCAAAAAGCUCUGAGCUUUCUGAAACAAUGGAGUUCGAUCUCGAAAACCCAUUAACGAGCAUUUCAAGCUCCAAGGAUUCCGAUUCCACAACGACCCCACUUCUCCUCUUUUCUUCAGAGUCCGAUCACAUGCCGUCACCAGACUUCCUCAAAACCUCUGUUUCUUACGCCUUAUUUCGUCGGGAAGCCAUCAGAAUCGUUUCCCAGGCUGAUUAUUCCGACCCUUUUUUGCCCUACCUCGCCGUUAAUUACAUGGAUCGUUUCGCCUCCCGGCUCGAAAACAUGGAAAACAAGCCAUGGGUUGUACGACUCGUUGUCAUAUCCUGCCUCUCGUUAGCUUCCAAGAUGAGGAAUUCGGAUUUCUCAGCCUCUGAUUUUCAGAUUUGGGUUGGGGGAAAAAAACAGAGAGAAGGGUGUUUUGGUUUCGACGAGAAGACGAUUAACAGGAUGGAGGUGAUGAUUCUCCACGCUCUUCAAUGGCGGAUGAGAUCGAUAACCCCCUUCUCUUUCCUUGAGUACUUCUCGUUAUCCUUCGAUACGACGGCGUCGGAGCAAGCACUGAAACAACGAGCUCUGAAAGCCCGUGCCCAAGAUAUCAUCUUCAAAACCCAAAACGAGAUGAAGCUGCUGGAGUUCAGGCCGUCGGCGGUGGCGGCGUCUGCGCUUCUUGCAGCGUGUCAGGAAUUGUUCCCUCUCCAAUUCCAUUCCUUCGAGCGCUCCAUUUCCUCUUGUGAUUGUGUAAACACGGACAAUUUAUCGAGGUGCUUGAAUCAUGUGCAAGAAACAAUUAUGUGUGGUUGUUUGACCGAAGAUUAUACGAAGUCUAGUAUUAGAAGAACUCCGUUGAGUGUUCUCAAUUGGGAAUCUACCGGUGGCAAAUCGGAGAGCGAGAGCAAUAGUCUCAGCGGCACCACCAUCGCCUCAGAUGACGUGAUUGGAGUCGCGAGGCCAAUAAAGCGGCAGAAAACUGAUGUUAACAAUAUGUUUUUAUGAAAGAUAUGUUUUUGUUUUUAUGACUUUUGUGUCAAUGUCAACAAAAUUCAGAGAGAUAUUGACGUUUUUCAUUUUCUAGUCCAUCCGUUCCUUGUCAUAGAAUCUAGGUUUAACUGUUAAGUUUGUUAAUUUCGUGAAACCAUCAAUCAUUUUUAGAGAUUAAUCUAGUAAUAUGAAGUUGACU